AUGGCCUCGCCACAGAAAGAGAAGGCACACUGGCUUGACCGCUACGCAACAGGAUACCAUACUUGGACCUCUUCAAUAAACCAGAGUGGCCAAACAACCUUCAAACGACCACUAGGUCUCGUCGAAACAUCCUUCGACAUGGAUGGUGCCUACUAUGGCGGCCGAGCAGACAUGACCUUGACCUUGACAUGCGAACUCCAGCACUCUCUUUCCAAAUCGGACCUCCGCCACAGAAUCGCAUUGGCAUGGACUGCUCUGCGCCUCAGACACGUUCUGCUACUGAGCCGGCACUUUGACGACCCCGAGUCCAGUCUUCGACACUUCGCCAUCGACGUCCAUAGGACUCUUUCAGAAGCGGUGCAAGACGUCGAACAAAGCACUGUGUGGGUAGAAGACCACUACUCCUUCGUCGACCCGCACAAUCUCCACGACCACGCUCUGAACGUCGGACGGAUUAUUGAGCCCCAGAAGUGCAUGUCGAAACUCCACGUCCUGCCUCUCCGCCGCCUCCCGAGCGAGACGUUUGAACUGUCCUUUCUCAUCGUCAUGGCGCACCAGAUCUCCGACGGGCUGAGCGCGUACGGGUGGUUCAAGGACUUCAUGCGGCUCUUGAACCUGCCUGUGCUUGCCAUCGAAGCCGAAAUCGCCACCUCCUUGCAACUCAACGUGCUGAAGGAGAGACUGCCCCCAGCGCAGGAAGAUCUCUACCCCCCAAUCAUGGGGAACAAAGCGCGCCAGCGCUGGAUAUGGGCCAUCAUCCGCGUCUUACGGCAUGUGAAGCACACGCUCCCACCAACCUUCACAAACCCCUUGUACCGCGCGACUCGCCUUGCGAAACCGCUGCCGUUGGACAGGACGUACGCCACAGUCUUCGACUACGAGGGCGAGAAUGUGCCGCCCAUGUCCACGGGCCACAUCGCUGCGACGCUCUCGCCUGCUGCGUCCGCACACCUUAUUGCGCUGUGCCGCGACGCGAAGACAAGUAUUGGAGCGGGGUGUUUUGCGCUCGCGGGACUGGCGAUGAUGGACAUCCACUCCUUGCGCUAUCCCCAUCUCAACCCAUCCGACAUUCCCGCCAUGACAGCGUCCUUCCCCCUGAAUCCGCGGGCAUUCUUUGCGAACCCCCCGGCUGCGGAGAGCUGUAUGCUAGCCUUCAGCGACGGCAUCGUCAUGCCCUUCUUACCUGCUGGUCUGCCCAUCGAGAAACGCUUCAGGCUGACUGCGAAGAUAGCGAAUCGUGAGUUGCGAGUCUACCAGAAGCGCCUCAAGACCACAGGCAAAGGCGAGGUCAGCGCUGGGCUGGACAAGCACUCGCCCAGCCGGUUACUCGCAACAGGCUAUCUGGCGCAGCUCGAGCGCGUCGAGUCCAAACGGCCUCCUCACAGACAACUCAGCUUCGGGAAUCCGCAGGGCGAGCUGAAGGCUAGUAGUGGGAUGGGCGCGACGUGUGGGGUUAGUAGCGUGGGGAGUGUGAAGGGCUAUUUUCGGCCGGGAGAGUAUGAUCUGAAGGAGGAGAGGAAGGAUUUUGUGGUGGAUUAUAGGGGACUGAGGAUGGGUGUGAGAGCGAGGGAGGGAGAGUUCUUGGUUGGGAGUUCGACGGAUGCGCAGGGGAGGGUGGGGUUUGGAGUGAGCUAUGAUAUGAAUGCUAUUGAUCCUGAGGCAGCGGAGAUGUGGGCGAGGACGAUUACGGGGUUGUUGGAGAAGAGUGAGUCGAAGCUGUAG